AUGGCUGAGAGCCAGAACCUAUCCCGCGCGGCCGCCUUUCUCUCCGAGGGCGGAAUUUUCACGCAGUGGCUGGCCGAUCAGGCGUCUGGACAGCAGGGGCUGAUCACCCAACUCACUGACCGCAUCGUCUGGGACAAAGUUACUGAUCGAACCACCGUGCUCGUCGAUGCGCCGUUCCUCGGGGUCUGCGGUGCCAUCCACAUGCCCGAGCUGUUCGCGGCCAUUGGAGAAGACGACCCGCUCGGUCUACGCGAGCGCCUGCUGGUUAUUAUGUAUGAGAGACCGCGCUUCGUGCGCUCCGAGCAGUUGCGAGAAGCCUGCCAGCUAAUCCCCGAAGGCACACUCCACAACUGGCUGGCGAAGCUUUUCUGGACGCUGCACUGCGUCCACAGCCCUUCCCAUGAGCAAGCGCACUUUCAUGAGGACCUGGGUUACCGCUGGCUGCGGUACACGUUCUCCGACGCGGCGGAAGUGCUGUUUUGGGACUCGUUUGACACGCAUGUUGGUGAGCAGGAGGCCGCCUACGGCCAGAACCAACAAGCUGCCAAGCGAGCCGGAAAGGGCAAAACGCGUCAUUUUCGUUUAGCUCUGCCUCUGCACAAUCUGCUCCAGGGCGCUGAACAGGUCUCCGCAGGUGAUUGGUCUUUCCGCAUCAGUGAGGCAGCCGUCCAAGCGAGCGUACUUCUGAGCAAAUACAUGGAUUUUGUGUUCGAGAAGCUCGACCUGCCGCGACUCAAAGCAAGGCAAGAUUUGCCAGGUGGCCGUAUGCCUUCGGCGGGGGAUACGCCGCAAGCCUGGCAGCAAGUCACCUCUGUCGAGGCCUUGCUCCCUGACGCGGCCGCUGCACGACAAGUUCUGGAGGCGGCGCGUGCCAUAUGCGGCUCGCAGAAUCAACUCGUCAUGAAGACGUUUCGAUUCCUGGCUCUACUGGGUUUGGGUUCGACGAGCGUCAGCAUCAACCGCGGCGGAAGCAAGGUCCUCUACUUCACCAAGCAGACGACUGAGGCAGUUGCGGUUCGGUGCUUCGUGGAGUCCAAACGUCUGCUAGGGGAGGACGUAACCUACCACACGCUCCCCCGGGAGCAGGUGCUGGCUGCGCGCCUGACGUCGCAGUCGGAUAUCCUACUGCCAGAUUUGACUGCCGAGGCCACGGUGCAGACGAUCGCCGUGUUUCGUGCAGCGGUUCAGCUGCGCUUGGCUACCCUCCUUCCGGCGGCACAGUGA